GUUUAUCUGCUUGGCAUCGAAACAGAUCACCAAAGAGGCCUUUGAGAGAGCAGAGGAGGAAGGACGGCCAUUCCUUCUGAAGGACUUUGUCGGCAAGGGCUUCUUGUCCUGGUGGUGCGAUGAAGUGCUUCGUCGCCGCGGUGGUGAGGUGAUCCACUUCGUGGAGGUCUGUGGCAUCACAGGCAAGCGUGGUCUCACUGAGAGCACCAUGGAGGUUUUUGCGGAUGAGUGUCAAAAGCUUUCUGACCGGCAGCGCUUCGCCUAUUUCCAGGGCGAUUUCAUGGCCACAGAGGAUGCAGAAGUGAUGCGACUACUCCAUGACAACCUUCCCGAGCCACUGCCGAGAGGUGAACAGGACUUCUUCUGCAUCUGGCCAAGGAAGAUUGCACCAGCCCCAAUGCUUCAGAUUGCAGGAGCUGGUGCACGUACUCAACUUGUGCGGAGCGGCUUGGAAGCCCCGCAGUGGAUCCUUUGCCUGACGGGAAAGAUGCGCCUGAAACUGCUCCCAGAGAGGUGUGAAGCGGGUCGUUUGGCCCCACUCCGUCCCUUUCGCGAGCCCAUGGGCGUCUUUGAUGAGGACGGUCGUCCACUCUUCACCGUGUGCGAGCACCUUCUCAGCGACGUCGACCUUUUUGCAGCUGAAAUGGCUGAGAGUCCAAUCACUCACCUAGAUUCCUUUGGUCCAGAUUUGCAGCGUUUUCCAGAGGCUUCUCAACUGCCAAAAGCAUUGGAGGUGCUGCUGAAACCGGGCGAGAUGGCCUGCUUGCCUGCAGGGGGCUGGGUGCAAAGCUACGCAGAUGAGGCAUCUUGGUCGCUGCAGUCCUUCUAUGCCAAUUCACGAGGCCUUAACCGGAUCUUGGAGGCGGUCUUGGCGCAUGCUGGACAGAAGGAGGAGAUCUUUGGAUACAGUUCAUUACCUCCACAAGCGAAGGUGGAGGCUGCUCUGAGUGCUGCGCUGGGCAGAGGGCAUGGUGGUUUCUCUGGUGGUCGUUCCGUGUUGGCACGUCUACGAAGCCUUGAUCGAGAAAACACCAAGGCACAGCAAGAGACAUUUGGAGGUGACAGCUGUGCUGUUUGUGGCCGACCUGCACGAACAAGGUGUGGUCGCUGCCGUGAACUGCUUCUUUGCAGCGCCGAAUGUCAACAGCGUUGCUGGCCGGAACACCGGAAGUCCUGUGUGCCUGCGAAAAAGGUAAUAGCUGCGUAG